AUGGAGAUUCAAGCUGUGGACGCCCCAGUGACCGAGACGUCAGAGUCACCCGAGUCGCAACCGCCCACCGCUUCACGGAAACGCGUCCGCCGCUGGCAUCAUCGCGGUUUCACCGGCUGCUCAACAUGUCGCCGUCGCCAUGUUCGCUGUGAUGAGGCCUCCCCAAUAUGCAAUAACUGUACUCGCUUGGGACUCGAGUGUGAUGGCACACAAGGGCGGAUGACCUUCAAGGUCUACGGCCCGUCGCAAGGCCUGGAACCCAAGCCGCCGAAGCCCCCGCGAAGGAGGAACAAGCCGGCCAGCCCGGACUCAUCCGGCGAGUCUUCAACGGGAACACUUCCCGUGAAGCAGGAGGACCUGGAGGACUCAUGGCAGGCCGUUGUGGUGUCACCGAAGACGGCACCGCAACAACAACCACGACCACAAUCACAUGCACAACCACAACCACAACCACACCCCCAACCACAACCACAUCCGAUCUGCUUUCGCUUCCAGAAACCCUUGGGUCCGGCCAACUUGGCCAAUAUGCAAUGUACUGAUGAGCGCUAUUAUACCCACUUCAUCGACCGAGUGUCGACUCUUCUGAUCAUUUAUGAUAACCCCAUCAACGCGAACCCAUAUCGCAGUUACUUCCCCGACUUCUCUCGCUCGUCUCCGUCCAUGGUGGGCGCCAUGCAGGCGUUGGGCGCAUUGCAUCUGGCGAAUACGUCGGUCGGACCGCAGCGAAAUAAACAUUUCCAGAAAGCGAUGGGGAAAUACGGGCAAGUGGUGCAGAUGUUCCGCGCGAGAUAUGCUGCCCCGAAGCGACAACUUGGAAUGACCGACUUUGCGACGUGCCUGCUCCUGUGUCUGUUUGAGAUGAUGGACUCUCAGCACCUGAACUGGGCUGUACACCUCAAAGGAGCACGCGAGAUCUAUAACCUCCUCUUCUAUCCACAUACCGGCAGCUCCGAACGCGAGGUUCAACGGGUCGCCGAUACGAAUCACCCUCUGCGAUCAUUUCUUGUAUCAUUACUAUCGUAUCUUGAUGUCGCCGGUGCAUGCGCAACACCCGGUGGUACCGUGGUUGAUGGCAGUUACUGGAAGACACUCGGGGGCGGGUGGGAGUAUAAUCUUGGCACUCCAAGCCUGUCGGGUAUCCAUGAUGAUCCAACUUUAGUGGAGUUGCGGUCGGCGUGGUCUGGUAUGAUGGAGGUCCAAGCCGCCAUCAGCACUCUCGCUCAUGACAAGCAGUGGAUGUCCCCCAACCAGCAAGAUAUGGUAUACAAGGACAUCUUUAACCGACUCGUGGCCUGGCGUGCCAGCACCCCAGUCAGUCUGCAACUGCUCGGAGACAUGGAGCUGGAUGAUGAGAGCCUGCGCCGAUUCCCAUUCCCCCACAUGCUCGAGUAUGUGGGAUGCAUCGAGGCCUACGAAAAGGCAACCUUUGUGCAUCUCCACCAGGUAGGGGGAGCCGGCCGACCAGGCUGGGUCACCGACCGAGCGUAUCUGGACAUGCUCAUCACUCGCAUUUUGACCUUGAUCCGCAAGCUCUCCAAGGACGUUGGUCAACUGGCAGUCCUGUGGCCUCUCUUCAUAGCCGGACAAGAAACUCGAAAAGAAGAGGAGCAGAAAUACGUUCGCCAGACCAUGGAAGAGCUCAAGCGGUUCGGCUUCAAGAAUGUCGACAAAGCACUCGAGCUACUCGAGAGCGUGUGGUUCAAGCGACGCACCUUUCCUCAGGGGUGGACGGAGACGCUCGACGAAAUCCAGUCGAACAUUCUCUUGCCCUGA